AGAGCAAAAGCCAUUUUUGCUUUCUAUUUGAGGCGUCAUCAUCCUAGUUGCCUUCAAACGGGUCAGCUAUGGCACCUAAAAGGAGCAUUGGAGUGCCGCCGCCACCGCCACCAUCCGUCCCUGCCGGAAGAUUGUUAAGUCGACAACAAUCCGUGGGUAAAUUGAAGAAAUCAAGCAUAAUGAGUAGUCUGUUUAGAGAAUUGAAAACAAAGUUGGAAGGGUCAAGAUUGCAAAUUAAGUUGUCUAGUAGGACCAAGAAGCAAUUUGGAGGUUCUGCUGGUGGUAAAGAAGGAUUGGCUGUUUUUUUACGAGAGCUAACAAAAAGAUCACCAUUCUUCCAACAAAUUGAAGAAGAUGCUCAAAACCAUGCCAAGACGAUAUUGGAAUUAAAAGCAGCCAUCAAUUCUUUUCAAACAAAGGACAUGACUGAACUCAUUAAGUUCCAACAACAUAUGGAAGCCAUUCUUGAAGUUCUAACCGAUGAAAAUCAGGUGCUUGCAAAGUUUGAAGAUUUCCCUAUCAAGAAAUUGGAAACAAUAAGGGCAGCUGCAGCAUUGUACUCUAAAUCAAACUUGGUUGUUUCCAACUUAAAGAAUUGGGAAGUGAAAUCACCUGCUGCACAACUGUUGAACAAAUUUGAUUGCUAUUUCACCAAGGUUAAAGAAGAAUUGGAUGCAUUUGAAAGGACAAAGGAUGAGGAAUCAAGGAACUUCAAGAGCCAUGGGAUUGAUUUUGACUUCAAUAUCUUUGUUACUAUCAAAGAGUUGAUGGUGGAUGUUUCUUCCAACUGCAUGGAGCUUGUCCUUAAGGAAUGGGGAGAAACAAAAGGUGCAAAUGAUGCAGAAAAGAAAGCAAAUAAAAACUUGCUGUGGAGAGCUUUUAAAUUGGCAUUUAGGGUUUACUCAUUUGCUGGUGGGAACGAUGAACGUGCCGACAAGUUGGCUAAAGAAUUGGCUAAUGAAGUUUUGUGUUGUUCUUCUUCACCUCCCAAGCCCUAA